AUGGCGGCGGCUGCGGCGGCGGGCCCGGAGGGACGGCGCGCGGUCCAGGAGGCGGCGGCGGCAGCACCCGAGCGGGGCGGCGGGAGUUGCGUACUGUGCUGUGGGGACCUGGAGGCCACGGCGCUGGGCCGCUGCGACCACCCGGUGUGCUACCGCUGCUCCACCAAGAUGCGGGUGCUGUGCGAGCAGCGGUACUGCGCCGUGUGUCGCGAGGAGCUGCGCCAGGUGGUCUUCGGGAAGACGCUCCCUGCCUUUGCCACCAUCCCUCUGCACCAGCUGCAGCACGAGAAGAAAUAUGACAUCUACUUCAUGGAUGGAAGGGUGUUUGCCCUCUACAGGCAGCUGCUGCAGCACGAGUGCCCCCGCUGUCCCGAGCGGCCGCCCUUCAGCCUCUUCGGGGACCUGGAGCAGCACAUGCGGAAGCAGCAUGAGCUGUUCUGCUGCAAGCUCUGCCUCAGGCACCUGCAGAUCUUCACGCAUGAGCGGAAGUGGUACUCGCGCAAGGACCUGGCUCGGCACCGCAUGCAGGGGGACCCCGACGACACCUCGCACCGCGGACACCCCCUCUGCAAGUUCUGUGACGAGCGCUACCUGGACAACGACGAGCUCCUCAAGCACCUGCGUCGUGACCACUACUUCUGCCACUUCUGCGACGCGGACGGGGCCCAGGACUACUACAGCGACUACGCGUACCUGCGUGAGCACUUCCGUGAGAAGCACUUCCUGUGUGAGGAGGGCCGCUGCAGCACCGAGCAGUUCACGCACGCCUUCCGCACCGAGAUCGACCUGAAGGCCCACAGGACGGCCUGCCACAGCCGCAGCCGCGCCGAGGCCCGCCAGAACCGCCAGAUCGACCUGCAGUUCAGCUACGCGCCCAGGCACUCGCGCCGGAGCGAGGGGGUCAUCAGCGGCGAGGACUACGAGGAGCUGGACAGGUACAACCGCCAGGGCCGCACGGGCCGGGCCAGCGGCCGCGGAGCCCAGCAGAGUCGCCGAGGAAGCUGGAGGUACAAGAGGGAAGAAGAGGACCGAGAAGUGGCAGCAGCCAUCCGGGCCUCAGUGGCCGCCCAGCAGCAGCAGCAGCAGCAGCAGCAGCAGCAGGAAACACGCAGGACUGAGGACCGGGAAGAGGGCGGCAGGCCCAAGAAGGAGGAGGCAGGGCUGCGGGGUCCUGAGGAGGCCCGCGGUCCCCGGCGCCCGGCCCGGACUCCGGGCGAGGGCCCAGGUCCCAAGGAAGCCUCUGCCAAUGGUCCUGUGAACCAGGACACCUUCUCCACCACUGGCCCGGCUGUAGGAGCCACACUCCCAAACGCUCUCCUGCCCCCCGCUUCGAAGCUCAAGGAUGAAGACUUCCCCAGUCUCUGUGCCUCCGCUUUGUCCUCAAGCUCCACAGCAGCCGCCCUAGGCCCUGUGGGGCUGGCGCUGGCUUACCCUGUGCCCGCCAGGGGCAGGACCACCUUCCAGGAGGAAGACUUCCCUGCCCUGGUGCCCUCCGCCUCCAAGCCCAGCAGUGCCCCCACCAGCCUCAUCUCUGCCUGGAACAGCGGGGCCAGCAAGAAGGUGGCGCAUUCUGCCCCGGGCUCCCAGUCCACCAGCGGGGGGAGCCAGCCCCCCAGGAAGUCUGGCAAGGGAGGAAAGGGGGGCAAAAAGGGCGGGCCACCGCCCGCGGAGGAGGUGGAGGAGGAUGGCCGUGCAGGCCUCACAGCCCAGGAGCUGCGGAGCGUGCCCACGACAGUCGCCGUCUCCUCCCUGCUGGCUGGGGCUGCCACCCAGACCUUCAUCAAGGCCGGCAAGAAGAAGAAGGUGGGCUCCGAGAAGUCAGGUGCCACAUCGCCCCCGCCCCCUGACAGAGAGGGGCCCCCUGGGACCGAGCUGGCCCCCACGGCGCCCCCGGGCAGAGCUGAGGGGCCCGCUGCCGUCAUCGUCAAUGGACACUCAGAGGGGCCGGCCCCAGCUCGGAGCACCCCCAAGGAGCCCCCUGGGCUCCCAAGGCCCCUGGGGCCGCCCCCCUGCCCCACACCCCAGGAAGACUUCCCGGCGCUCUGUGGCCCUUGCCCACCCAGGAUGCCCCCACCCCCAGGCUUCAACGCCGUGGUGCUCCUGAAGGGCACUCCGCCUCCGCCGGGCCUGGCGCCCCCUGUCAGCAAGCCACCCCCCGGCUUCUCCAGCCUUCCGUCUAGCCCCCACCCGGCCUGUGUCCCCAGCACUACGACCACCACGAAAGCGCCGACGCCCGUGCCCCGGGCCUACCUGGUCCCCGAGAACUUCCGGGAGAGGAACCUGCAGCUCAUCCAGUCCAUCAGGGACUUCCUGCAGAGCGACGAGGCCCGCUUCAGCAAAUUCAAGAGCUACUCGGGGGAGUUCAGACAGGGCGUGAUCUCCGCAGCCCAGUAUUACAAGAGCUGCCGGGACCUGCUGGGGGAGAACUUCGAGAAGAUCUUCAACGAGCUACUGGUGCUGCUGCCCGACACGGCCAAGCAGCAGGAGCUGCUGUUGGCGCACACGGACUUCCGGGGCCGCGAGAAGCCUCCCGGCACAAAGGCCAAGAAGAAUAGGAAGAGCGCAUGGCAGGCCAGCACCCGGCAGGUGGGCCUGGACUGUUGCGUGUGCCCCACUUGCCAGCAGGUGCUGGCGCAUGGCGAUGUGGGCAGCCACCAGGCGCUGCACGCCGCCCGGGACGAUGACUUCCCCUCCCUGCAGGCCCUCGCCAGGAUCCUCACGUAG